GUGUAGGCCCCGUUGCCAUGGUGAUCCCGGCAAUGGCGGCGCCCUGCCAUGCCCCGCCCCCUCCUUUACGGCAGACGAGGGGGCGUGUUUGCGACAGUCCCUCCUCUCUCUCGCUGGCUCUCAUCAUGGCGGCCGGGACUCUCUACACCUACCCCGACAACUGGCGGGCAUUCAAGGCCAUGGUGGCCGCCCAGUACAGCGGCUGCUCGCUGCGGGUGGACACCGGCUUCGUGCUGGGGCAGAGCAACCGCAGCCCGGCGUUCCUCGCCAAGUUCCCCCUGGGCAAGGUCCCAGCGUUCGAAGGCGACGAUGGCUUCUGUGUGUUCGAGAGCAACGCCAUUGCUUAUUACGUGGCCGACGUCGAUCUCCGCGGGACGACACGGGAGGCGGAGGCCCAGGUCCUCCAGUGGGUCUGCUUCGCCGACAGCCACGUCAUCCCCCCCGCCAGCACUUGGGUCUUCCCCACCCUGGGGAUCAUGCAGUACAACAAGCAGGCAACUGAACACGCCAAAGAGGAGCUGAAGAAGGUCCUGGGCAUUCUGGACGAGCAUCUGAAGACGAGGACCUUCCUGGUGGGAGAGAGGGUCACCCUGGCCGACAUCACUCUGGUCUGCUCUCUCCUCUGGCUGUACAAGCAGGUACUGGAGCCCUCGUUCCGCCAGUCCUUCACAAACACCAACCGCUGGUUUGUGACCUGCGUCAACCAGCCCCAGUUCAAAGCCGUGCUGGGCCAGGUCAACCUGUGCGACAAGAUGGCGCAGUUUGACGCCAAGAAGUUUGCUGACAUGCAGCCCAGGAAGGAGAAGGCUCCCAAGGACGCCAAAGACCCAAAGCCCCAGGAGAAGAAGAAGAAGGAGGAGAAGAAGCCGGCAGCAGCAGCGGCCCCUGAGGAUGAGCCGGACGCCACUGACGAGGUCCUCUCAACCGAGCCCAAAACCCAGGACCCCUUCGCUCACCUGCCUAAGAGGUUUGGAGACCCGUCCCUUUGCGACGCCCCUUGUGUCAAGAGCA